AUAUUUCUUUUCCUUCUAAAAUACCUCGGUGGCCCUAAAUCGGAAAUCCAACAUGGAAAACGCCAGCAACUGCAACUCUUCGGAUUAACUUUUCUUCUGAAGAUUUUGUUGAUUUUUGGAUGAAUUAGGGUUCUGGGAAAUUGCGAAAUCGAUCCAACAAGUUUAUUUUCCGGCCGAUUCGAGCGCCUAGAAAAUCAGAAUUUUCCGAGCGGGAAAAUUUAGAAGAAGACGAAGAAGAUGAAUAUCUUCAGAUUGGCCGGGGAUAUGACCCAUUUGGCCAGCAUUCUGGUUCUACUCCUCAAGAUUCAUACCAUCAAGUCUUGCGCUGGCAUUUCUUUGAAGACUCAAGAACUUUAUGCCCUGGUUUUCCUUACUCGCUAUUUGGACAUAUUUGGUAGAUUUGUAUCAGUAUACAAUACUAUAAUGAAAUUAAUUUUCCUGGCGAGUUCUCUCUCCAUUGUUUGGUACAUGCGACGUCACAAAGUCGUGCGCAGAUCUUACGACAAGGAUCAGGAUACCUUUUGCUAUCAAUUUCUCGUAUUGCCUUGUCUGCUGUUGGCACUAGUUAUUAAUGAUAGGUUUUCAUUCAAAGAGGUGAUGUGGACGUUUUCCCUAUAUCUUGAAGCCGUUGCCAUACUUCCUCAGUUGGUGUUGCUACAAAGGACAAGAAAUAUCGACAACUUAACGGGACAAUACGUCUUCCUUCUUGGCGCGUACCGUGCAUUGUACAUACUGAAUUGGAUCUAUCGCUACUUCACCGAGCCAGACUUCAUUCGAUGGAUAACUUGGAUAGCGGGUCUCGUGCAAACAUUGCUGUAUGCCGAUUUCUUUUACUACUACAUCAUAAGCUGGAAGAACAACGUCAAGCUUCAGUUACCAGCUUAGCUUUAAGGAUUAGUGUUGAGAAUUUUUAAGCUUUGGCAGAAGACGCGGUAGAUGAAGAUCUCAGUGCAUAUUUAUUUUCUCAGCUUUGAAUUAAUUGUACUUUAGGGAGUUUAUUUAAUUAGGAAUUUGUAUUUUUUUUUCUUUUUUGUUCAGAUUUUAUAUAGGAUAAUUGUAUAACAUUGUAAAUAUAGUCUUCAUCUGAGUCAUCUGCUUCGUUUGCCCUCA